GAAAUAAAAUGAUCUAUUCAAAAUAAAAUAAUGAAUCCAGAUUUAGUUGUGGAUCUCAUACAAAGUGAAUUUCCAACCUCUUAUAUCAGUGAUGUUGAAAGCAUUAAAGGGGGAUACAUAAGUGAAUCAUUUAUAUGCCAUAUUGAUGAUCAGAAAUAUUUUAUCAAAUUUAAUGCCCUCAAACAAUCUUUAAAAUUGUUUGAGAGUGAAUAUAGUGGGUUAGAAGAAUUAAAGUGUACCCAGUCUAUAAGGGUUCCCAAUGUCUUUAAGGUGGCCUAUAAUAUUCAAAAUGAUUACUCUUUUAUAAUAAUGGAAUACAUCAAUAUGAUACCUAUCAAAGAUGUAGAAUUAUUUGUUAAAGCUUUAACUCAACUUCACUCAUUUGAUCAUAAAAUAGAAAAUUUUGGAUUUCAUGUUCCUAGUUAUAAUGGAUUUAUAUCGCAACCAAAUUCCUGGUGUAGUAAUUGGACAACAUUUUAUAUUGAACAAAAAUUAAAACCACUGAUUAACAGUCUUACAAACAAAUACACAGAUGACAAGGAAGAAAUUUUGAAUCUUUGGCAAAGUUUGAAGAAUAAAAUACCAAAAUUUUUUGAAAAUAUUGACAUAAAACCUGUAUUAUUACAUGGUGAUUUAUGGAUGGGAAAUGUCGGGCAAACUAUCACAACUAAUGAAAUUGUUUUUUAUGAUCCUGCAUGUUUCUAUGGGCACAACGAAUUUGAUCUCGCCACAUUAUAUGCCUUUCCACUCGAAGACGACCCUUUGCUUUCUAACAUCGAAACGAUCUAUUACCGUUAUUUGAACAAGACCCCUCAAGCUGGGCUAAAAUGGAGAGCCAAAAUUUAUCACCUAUUUCCUCAUCUCCUUAAUUGGAUACAUUUUGGUCCUCUACCGUAUAAAUCCUCAUCGUUAUCAUUGAUCAAAGAAAUUAUGGAAUAUGAAUUUUCUACAUAAAUUUUACAUUUAUUAUAAAGAUAUUUAUUUUAUUUUAUAAUUGAUCUGCAAUUAUUUAUUUUUUUAUAAAUAGCAAAUCUUUAUUUUCAUGUAUGUCGUAUUGGAUAUUUGGAAUCCAUGGGGAUUCAGAUCCCAAUUAACCGGAAAUAUAUUCUAAUAGAGUACGCGUACGGUAAAUUUCAGACAAUUUUGCCGGAAACUGCUGAAAUACUUUAAAUUUAAAUUCCGUUUUUUAUAUAGAUUUUUUCAUAUAAAUUUUUAAAAAAAUACACCAGAGUUUAUGGUGAAAAUUGCCUAAAUUUUAUAGGGCAGGUAUUAUACACAUUGUUUAAAAUUUUUAACGCCCUAAGAAAAAUAAUUCAAAAUCGAGAGAUUCUCAAUCCCCAUAGAUUUCAUAUCCCAUAUGACAUAUAUAUGAAUAUUAUUAAACUAGGGAUGCAGCAUUUUUUUAAAGCGGAAUAUCAAAAAAUUAAAUGUAAAUAUAAUCAAUAUGAUAGUAUUAAAAUGAAUAUCUUAUAGUGUG